AGCAAACAAUGCCGAUUGUUAAGGUUUCCGUGGUGCAGAAGUUUGGAAUAAUUUCAACCACGCAUCAUCUUGAACUCCAAAGAAGGCACCUGGAGAAAAUGGAAGAAAUGAAAAAUAAAUCAUCGGUUCAUGGAAAUCCUUUGGAAGUCACAGAGGAAUUCAUCAAACAGUUUAACAAUGCAAAAGAUCAAGAUGAAGAGGAACAUUUGUUAGAUACUGCUAGAAAAAUCCUUCAGCGAUGCAAGAGAAGAUCUGGACUUAAUUCCCGUGGUUCUGGAAGUCAUAUAAAUCUCCCCCUUGCAUGGACUGAACUAAUUUUCCUUGCACAAUGCAAAGGCAAGAUUCAAGAAGAUGCCUUGGAUAUCCUGCUUACUUCCAUGGAUCUUGCUCAUAUCGAUGAAGAACAUGUUCCUUUGUUGUUCUUCAUCGCUGAAUCUGUUCUUUACAGACUUUGCUUUGAUGUAACUGACAAGAAAUGCUUGUUCUCAAACGAGGUCAAGUUUUCCAAGCUUGGAUUUCUGACGUUCUUAAGGCUUUACAUAUUUCAUCUUACUGGACAACUGCAAGCAUUUGAAGAACAAAAAGAAAAACUCAGUUUGUAUCUUAAAGCUCUUCCGUCAUGUGAACCAUCAUAUCAGCCUUGUCCAAAUGUAUUAUUCUUCAUUCGUGUGAUGCUAAAAGUUGGAGAGAUUGUAUGUGCCAUCACACCACCUUCGCAAACAGAGACAUCAUUGCAGACACCAUCACAAUCCGCUGACAUAUUGAAUGAGGGUAUGGCGUCAGAGGAUAUAAAUCCAUUUGUUUGGCAUUGUCUUCUUAUUUGGCAACAUGUUCAGAGGAACAAAGUCCACUUAUGUGAAGUCAUUGAUCAUCUCUUUCUAAUCGAAAGGGGUUUACACCAAAACAACUGGUUGGACUCUCUUGUAGGUUUGCUUAUAUUGGGAGAAGCUGCAAAACGAGAAAUAUUGUGCUUAAAAGCUUUGAUGGAACUGGCAAAAGACCUUACUUCAUACUGUAAUCGUCUUCCUGAACAGAACUCGAGCUUCUCCCUAGUUUGUGUAUCACCGUGGCCGUGGGAAGUUGUCUGUGCAUUCAGCAUGGUGCUUUCUGACAUUUGUUUGCAUGGCACCACAUCUGAAAUCCAAAAGUAUGCAUUUACUGGAUUCCAAGACAAAAGCACUGACAAUAUAGAAAUCAAAGAAGCAAGUUUACAUGGGAUGUUAAAUGUUGACAUGCAGCAAGAAGCACGUGAUCAAACGAAGUGGAUUAUUCAUUAUUGUGCGGUCUACAACCUGGCUAAAAUCUGUCAUGAACUCCUCGGGGACUCGAGCAGAGAUGGUCUUAGAAAUGCCAUAUGGAGAGCAUUGUAUAAACACCGAAACAACAAGAAGGAUGGAAGCACUCUAGAUGCUGUCAAACUAGCAGAGGCUGAAGUAAAUGGUCCAGAAAAUCCCUUCAUUAGUGGAAGUGCUAAGACUUCAUCACCUUGCAUGAGUCUGGCCUUUUGUCAGUAUGUGGGAUAUAGACUUGCAAGGGCACUGUCACAGAAGUUCUUGCCUCCUGCGGUGCCCUAUAUUCCUGUACAAAGGAAACCUGUUCCAAAGCUGCAUAUAAAGACCCCUGUAUGGAAAGAACACACCAUGAAAAGAAAACCUGAGGAACUGUCAUUAAGGAAUGACUUCUCCUUUACUGAACGAGUUUCUUCUACACAUCCACAUUUUGUAACCCGUACAAACUUGAAUUUAUGGAAAGUUAUUGAGGAUCAGUGGAGGAAGGAGGUAAAAAUUAAAACGGAGGAAGAUGAAAAUAACAUGGAAGUGGAAGAGCAAGAAAAGAAGACGAAAGAGGAAGAACAUUUUAAAGAAAUCAUGAAAAAGAGAGAGCAAAAAUUAAAUAAAACCAGCAAGCCGUAUGAGCUACCUGUGACAAAUAAAGAUACACAAUAGUGCAGCAUGUUUAAUAUUAAAGGUCUGUAAGUUUAUUCAUUUAUGUAUUGCGCCUUACUCUAGACUUAAAAAUAGCAUGGGAAGAUUGAACUCAAAUAUAUCUUAAUAGCUUAGACUAUAUGUAUUGGAUUGCCAAGAGCCAAUUUACCUUCUACUGCUACUGCAGAGCCCAGGUUCCACUCCAGAAAAAAACUAGACAAUUUAAGGGGUCCUGAAUCUAUGAGCUGGUAAGGAGCCCACUUUUUUCUUGAGUCCUUACUAGUGGCCAUACUUGGACAAAUGGGGUGAAUCUUGCUUAACGCACGCUAUUGACAAAGUGCCUAUAUGGCAAAACGUGUCCAGCCAAUAAGACCAUUAAGUCCAGCCUUUUGAGUCUAUAGGUGUUUUGAUUUUUUUUCCCGUUUUUCAUUUCUUAAUAAUAAAGAAUAACAUAUAAGAAGACUGGUAAAUGGGAUUUUUAUUGUUGAUCUGAAGUGCUGCUGCAUGUCCUAUGUCUUGUCGUGGUCUGACUCAUUUCUCCAUAUGCUACAUGUCCUAUAUCUUGUCCUGGUCUGACUCGUUUCUCCAUAUGCUGCAUGUCCUAUGUCAUCUAGUGGUCUGACUCGUUUCUCCAUAUGCUGCAUGUUCUAUAUCUUGUCCUGGUCUGACUCGUUUCUCCAUAUGCUGCAUGUCCUAUGUCUUCUAGUGGUCUGACUCGUUUCUCCAUAUGCUGCAUGUUCUAUAUCUUGUCCUGGUCUGACUCGUUUCUCCAUAUGCUGCAUGUCCUAUAUCUUGUCCUGGUCUGACUCGUUUCUCCAUAUGCUGCAUGUCCUAUGUCUUCUAGUGGUCUGACUCGUUUCUCCAUAUGCUACAUGUCACAUUCUGUACAUGUUCUGCGACAAAUAGAAUGUUUUGUGUCACAGUUCAUUAUUUUUUAUUGUUCGUGUCUUAUUUGUUACAGAGAACUAGAAUUUGAUUUUUUUAAUAAAAUCAUUGGAGUGGAAAUUCUAUUAUUUUGUUGGGAGUAUUUUGUUUGUUGAGUAUUGCUCUUUAUAGAAAACACUGAAAUGUGGAGAAUUGAAAACCAGGGCCAAGACAGUGGAGCUGGAAAAAUAUCCAAGUUUGAGAAUUUUUACGAUUCAGAUAAUUAGUGUGAAGUUUUAAAUCCAAUGGUUAAUUUGUGAUGAUUUCUGGUUUAGUGAAAACCCCUAAUAUAACCCUUUAUGUGCAGCAUUCUUAUCAGCAUUGUCAGCCUUAUAUCACAAGUAAAAUAUUGGGGUCUAACAUUGUGAUAAGCAUAUCAUCUUCGAACAUGUUGAGUAGAUACUCUUCACAUUGACAUUAUUGAUGACACUUGAAAAUAGU